AUGGUUCUUCAAGACCUUGGGCGGCGAAUCAACUCCGCCGUCAAUGAUCUGACGAGGUCCAAUAACCUCGACGAGAAGGCCUUCGAUGACAUGCUCAAGGAAAUUUGCGCCGCUCUUCUCUCCGCCGAUGUCAACGUCCGUCUAAGUAGGAACUCUACGCAAAUCGAUCAAGGCCAGCGUGAACUUCGCCUCCCUCCCAGCCGCAACUCCUUCCGGCCGAAGAAGGGCCGCUCCAAUGUGAUCAUGUUCGUCGGUCUGCAGGGUGCGGGUAAGACAACAACGUGUACGAAGCUGGCUCGGCACUACCAAACGCGAGGAUUCAAGACAGCGCUGGUCUGCGCGGAUACCUUCCGUGCUGGUGCUUUCGAUCAGCUGAAGCAGAACGCCACCAAGGCCAAGAUCCCAUACUAUGGUAGUCUGACGCAGACGGAUCCUGCCGUCGUGGCCGCAGAGGGUGUGGCCAAGUUUAAGAAGGAGCGUUUCGAUAUCAUCAUUGUCGAUACCAGUGGUCGCCACCGGCAAGAGGAGGAGCUCUUCACGGAGAUGACACAAAUUCAAACUGCCGUGACGCCAGACCAGACCAUUCUCGUGCUCGACAGCACAAUUGGUCAAGCAGCCGAGGCUCAGUCCGCAGCAUUCAAGGCAACGGCAGACUUUGGAGCUAUUAUCAUUACCAAGACCGACGGCCAUGCCGCCGGUGGUGGUGCCAUUUCUGCUGUCGCCGCCACGCACACUCCCAUUAUCUUCCUUGGUACUGGUGAGCACAUGAUGGAUCUGGAACGAUUCGAGCCCCGCGCGUUCGUUCAGAAGCUACUGGGCAUGGGUGAUGUCGCCGGGCUGGUCGAGCACGUCCAGGCCAUGACGAAGGAUUCCGCCGGUGCCAAGGAGACAUACAAGCACAUUGCGGAAGGUAUCUACACUCUGCGCGACUUCCGCGAGAACAUCACAUCCAUCAUGAAGAUGGGCCCGCUGUCCAAGUUAUCCGGCAUGAUCCCCGGUCUGUCUAACAUGACCCAGGGUUUGGAUGAUGAGGACGGUUCACUGAAGCUACGCCGUAUGGUCUACAUCUUCGAUAGUAUGACUGUAGCCGAGCUGGACGGCGACGGCAAGAACUUCGUCGAGCAGCCUAGCCGCAUGGUCCGUAUCGCGCACGGUAGUGGAACCACCGUCCGUGAGGUCGAGGAUUUGCUCUCCCAGCACCGCAUGAUGGCCGGCAUGGCCAAGCGUGUUGGUGGCCAGAAGAAGCAAAUGCAGCAAGCUCAGAACAUGAUGAAGGGUGGAAACAAAAAUCAGCAGAUGGCUGCCAUGCAGAAGCGGAUGGCUUCGAUGGGUGGUGCCGGCGGCGGUGGUAUGCCCGGUAUGCCUGACAUGGCCAAGAUGAUGCAGAUGAUGGGAGGUGGUGGUGGUGGCAUGCCGGAUAUGCAGAGCCUAAUGAGUCAAAUGGGUGGAAUGAUGGGUGGAAUGGGAGGCGGUGGUGGUGGACGUGGGAGAGGACGUUAA